CGAAGAGGAAGAGGCGGAGCCGGGAGUCUACAAAGUGGCAGUAAAAAAGGAGGAUGUGUCCAGCGACCACGCGCUGUCGCGUCUCGCCAGCAGCCACGGUUUUCCGGGGCGGCCUGGUUCUGGCGCUGGUCACCGAGGUCGAGCCACUGCUGCACGCGCACAACUCGGGACGAAGUCUGCCCGCGAUGCCCAGACGACUACGCGGCACAACGAUCGGACACCGCGGCGCCAAACGUGUGCGCGAUGAGGUGCCGCGUUCCCGCCAGCUGCCAGCUACAGCGAGCUAACUCACAAUGAGCAGCGACGUCUCACUCAGCAGCGGCGGGGAGUCAUGGCCUCCCACCAAGAGCGCGCAGCGGCAGCUCACCAUUUCAUGGAUCCAAGCCAUCACCGGAAUUGUGCAGUUUUACUGUGUAAUGUGUCACUGUGUAAUUCUCAUGCUCAUUGCCGUAUGGAUGGUCAUCAAAGAAGUUUCGAGGCGCUUAACAGUGCUCUGGACCUCUUGGUACACCGGAUUCAAGGAAAAGAGACCCGCCAUGAUGGCGUUACUGUUGGGUGCGAUUCACAUGACGAUGAUGUCCAGGAUAGUACAAGAACCGCCACCAUCAGAAGAUCCAGAUGGUGCAGAAGGUGCAGUAGAUACGGAAGACGCAAGCGAUGAAAACGAAAAGUGCAGCGAAGAACAGACCGAGGUCCUCGACGUGGCCGAAGACAGGCCAGAAGAGUCCAUCUCCUCAGCACUGACCAUUAGCGCGAGCACAUCGGGAGUGUGCAGUAGCAGUUCGCCCCCGGAAUCGCGCGUCGCCGAUGUCACCGAAUCCGAAAGCACUACGUCCCUGGACACUCGGCCGCAGAACCAGCAAGUCGCCAAGCGUGCCCCGUGUAGCAUCAGCGCGGUGGUUGAAGACAAAUACGCUUGCGGACUAAACAGAUCAACUUCGUCCUCGGCAAUUUCUAUAGAAGACCUCGAUGACUCGAGUGACGACGACGGCGCGGACGGUUUCGACGAACGCAGCAAAUCUAGCAGCCAACGCCCAAAAUCCACGAACGUUUCUUGUACUGGGUCCUGGAAGCUAAAGUCUGCUUUCCAGAGGGCGAGUGGCAAGUCCAACGAAAUCCAAAGCUGCUUCGCGAAGUCCAAGGCACCGACCAGUCAAGCUCCGUGCCCGGAAAAGAGCAAGUUCUCACUGGGUCCUGUCAUCAGCAACCUGCGGCGCGUUUGCACGCGCACUCUGAGCGCCAUCAACAAGGAGCUCACCGAGUGCAUGUCUCCGCAAAGCCAGAAAUCGCGCAGCAAGAAGACCGAGACCCCAGCGCGGGAAACAUCACAGAUACCGUUGAACCGAGAGGUGCAGCAGCAGCAGCCCCAGUCGGAAGUCAACCGUGACGCCUCCAAGGACCUCUCGGUUCCCGAGCAGAGGACUUCUUUGCAGUCUUCGUGGAAUGACGUGUGCUCCAGCGGUACACGGACAUCGUCCGAUUCCCUCGGCGAAAUGCACCGGGGCCUGUUGGACUCCUUCUCCGAAGCGGAAUCUUCGGACUUUCCCAAUCGCCAGUCUGCGGACCAUCAUUUUGGUGACGCGGCACCAGAGGAGAAGCCGAAACCCUUCAGUGCGGACGCCAUUCGUACCGAAGGUAAUUUCGAAAAGGGAGAUUCUGACUGGACGACGCAAAGCUCGGCGUCGAACGCCUUCUUUAACAGCGAAAGCGCCGGCACGAAUGCGUUCGGGACUGUUUUUCAGACCGACAGCCACUCGCCUGGCUGGGAGUUCCAGACGUGAAAAAAACAAGGGGGUGAUGGUAGUGUCAAUUGCUGUACAUUGAUGUGUUGUCUCGUUCUGUGGUUGGGUAAACAGUGAAGUGCUCUUGUGUUGAGAUGUGCAAUCAUGCCUGUCAUAUUGUGUGCGAUUGGUUUCCGCCGUCAUCACUCAUGACACAGUGCAAGCAGAGCUUUAGAUGCCCAUAAACACAAUAAAAUGCAGCUGAAGCAGCA